CUUACCGUCUGCAUUUCUAGCGACGCAGCGCCCUGGACGAGGGGAUGCAGCUGUCUGCGAGGGUACGAGCGCCUGUCUGGUGAAGAGAGGGGACUCAUCUGCUGGCAGGAGCCUUUAGGAGAAGGAGCGAGAACUUGUCUGUGGGAAAGGAGAGAAGGAAAAGAAAGAAAACAAGGGAAAGUGGUCUUUGGAAUAGACAAGUGUUCGGUUUUGUGAAAACAUGAGUAUCGUGUAGAUGUGCUGUAUGCAAAUGAAACCCUUCGGUGCAUCUAUCUUCACUAUACUUGUGAAAUUCGAAAAUAUGGUUCUCUAAGUAAUACACAAGAGGAAAUCAUAUAGAUGCAUACAUUUUCUUUCACUGUCUGUAUCCAUACCUCCAUGAUAGUAGCAUGUAUGAAAAAGAAUGGAUAAAAUCUUGAAGAAAGAAAAGGCACGCAAGUGAGAAAAUCUUCAGUGCCACUUCUUCGCCUAAAAUUCCUACAGCCAUCAAAUACAUAUUAAAUUAUUUAGCGAAAAAUAAGAAACCGUACCAACCAGACAAAUACCGCAGGAUAGAGAAAAAAAAAGAAAUUGUUCAAGAAGACUUUACGAAUGCGCUACGUUUAUGCAAGUGCCUGAAGCCGAGCAGACCUCACGCCCCUGCGGAUGACGAGAGGGCGAGACAUGCAGCUGUAGGCGCUUUGCUGGCAUUAACUUACUUAACUUCUAUUACCGCCUCGUCGAGACGAGGAUGAGCUGCCGCGGCCGCAACGGCGAGCCCCUGCUGGUGGUGGAUCGCUGCUGCUGCUUCUCCCUGAGGACGGGCGCGCUCAUCCUCGCCUCCCUGGAGAUCAUAUUCCUCCUCGCCAUUAUAAUUCUGAACAUCGUUAUCCAACCAAAUAAAGAAGGAGCAGCUGUUGUCGUGGAAGGUCUGCUUCACAUCGGGGUGGCCAGUGUUCUCAUCCAUGGAGUAAGAACAAAACAGAACCAGCUCGUGUGGGCAUGGGUGCUGGUGCGGACCGUGCUGCUGGUCAUGGAGAUGCCCGUCGUCAUGAUCUACAGUGUGUUUACUGACCUGACUUUCACCCUGUGUCUGCUCGGGAUCAGUCUGCUCGUGUGCUGCUGCAUCCUUGUUGUGCGCUCGUAUGCCCUAAGCAUGGAUACCGACGAGGAGCGAGUCAACCUGGAGGAGGUCAGCGCCAACAACUUCACAGCCCUGGAAGACGAGGCGCGCGUGUGAAAGGGAUUCACGGCAUCUCUCCCACCCAACUUCCCGAACUGUUUUCGUCUUCAUCUUCCUCUUUCAUCCAUUCAUUCUGUCUAUCUAUCAAUGUCUCCUUCUCAGCCUGUAUGUUUGUUUGCCUGUCAGUCAGUCAGUCAUUCAGUCAGUUUGUCUGUCUGACUGCUUGUUUGUUUGUCUGUCUGUUUCUCAGUCAGUCUGUCUGUUUGUCAGUCUGUCUACACCUCUCUGAUGCUUGAUUUCAUGCAAUAAACUUCAGUCAACUUGAUGUUACAGGGUCAUACUUGUGGUGUACCAAUUCAAAGUAUUGGUUGCAGUUGUUGAAUCGAUCUGACCUCAUUGCCUUUAAUAUGGUGGACUUUGUAUCACCAUUAUUCAUCGUUACAUUUCCAAAUAUAUUCUCUUACCAUUUGCUGUUUUCAUAUAUUUAUAAGUAUAUUUCCUUUAUUUGUCAUAGUAUUAUCAUGGUCCCGAGUUCAUUUUAUUAAGUGUUAGCGUGUGUUAUUUAACUAUGAUGAAAUACCUUGUCUCUGAGCUCUAU